AUGUACCUCAUAGUUGCCAUCGACUACUACACUAAAUGGAUAGAGGCUGAGCCACUGGCCAGCGUAUCCUUAUCCAAUUGUAGGAAGUUCAUGUGGAGGCAGGUGAUAACCCGUUUCGGCAUCCCGGAGAUCGUCAUUUCGGAUAAUGGGAUGCAAUUCACUGACAGGAAGUUCGCGAAGUUUCUCACUGGCUUGGGGAUAAAACAGAAGUUCUCCUCAGUUGAACACCCCCAAACGAACGGACAAGUAGAGUCCACAAAUAAGAACAGCUUACUAGGUCUCAAGAAGCGUUUAGAUAGCAAAAAAGCGCAUGGGCCGACGAGCUCGCCUCGGUUCUCUGGUCCUACCGAACAACCGAGCAAAGCUCCACAGGAAAAACCCCCUUCUGCUUAA